UAAGAAGUUGACAGGAGCGUCUCCGUCAAACGCCUAUAAAUAAAAGCCAGAAACCGAGAGCGCAUUUUCUCAGUCUUCAUUCGCUACACACAAACACAAUCCAGAGAAAUCCAGCUGAGAAUUCAGAGGUGCUUCAGUAUCGGUAAUCUGUGCAAGGUGUUGAAUAUGGCCAACAGUGGUGGAGAAGGGAGUGGAAAGAAUUCAGGAUCCUCAUAUCCAAAUGUUGCCCUGAAUGAAAGGAUCCUCUCAUCUAUGUCGCGGAGAUCUGUUGCUGCUCACCCCUGGCAUGACUUGGAGAUCGGACCUGGUGCACCAGCAGUUUUCAACUGUGUUGUUGAAAUUAGCAAAGGCAGCAAGGUCAAGUAUGAGCUCGACAAAACAAGUGGCCUCAUAAAAGUUGAUCGUGUUCUUUACUCAUCGGUUGUUUAUCCACACAACUAUGGUUUCAUCCCACGAACAAUUUGUGAGGAUAGUGAUCCUAUGGAUGUCCUGGUACUGAUGCAGGAGCCCGUGUUACCUGGUUCUUUUGUACGUGCUCGUGCUCUUGGAUUGAUGCCCAUGAUUGAUCAAGGUGAAAAGGAUGACAAAAUUAUUGCAGUAUGUGCUGAUGACCCUGAGUUCCGUCAUUACAAUGACAUCAAGGACCUUCCUCCACAUCGCCUUGCAGAAAUCCGUCGAUUCUUUGAGGAUUACAAAAAGAACGAGAACAAGGAAGUUGAAGUUGAAGACUUUCUACCCGCUGAGGCUGCCAUUGAUGCCAUCAAAUACUCCAUGGACCUGUAUGCAUCUUACAUUGUGGAAAGCUUGAGGCAGUAACUACCUGGAGACUAAUUGGUGAAUUGGAUGGAACCACCUAGUAGUAUAACGAGGCCGAUAGACUUCUUGCUCAAUGCCUCUGUGUCCAAGUUUAAUGCUUCAACUAUUAAACUGUUUCUUUGUGUUUCGAUGGAACUUAUGCUGCACUUUUGAUCACAACUAUAACCAUUUCUGGAAAAGAUGGGGUUUCUGCUCAUCUAAACUUCCCUGGAUGGCUGGAUGUGUGGCUGUCA